UAUCUAUCAGGAAUAUUUUGAAUGGGAAAAUUCAGUGAUUUAUAUUACAUAGUGUUGAAACCUGAGUUAUAAUUGUCAGUGUUGAAAAUGUAUUUAAACUUGAAUUUAAUUGCGGCAGCAUGCGAGGGCAUGGGUAUUGGCGUGAAAGGAAGUUUACCCUGGAAACUAAAAAGUGAAAUGGCAUUCUUUACGAACAUGACAACAAACACGAAAGAUGAAAAUAAAAAGAACGUUGUUCUUAUGGGGCGAAGGACGUGGGAAUGUAUUCCAAAUAAAUAUAGACCGCUAAAAAACCGAAUAAGCAUAGUUCUAACCUCACAACCUUUGGAUUACGAAGAGGAUAUAAUUGUGUGUAAAAGCAUUCCACACGCUUUGGAAAUUAUUAAAAAACCUCCGUUAAAGGAUCAAGUGGAAAGUGUAUGGGUUAUAGGCGGGAGUUCUGUGUACAAGGCUGCAAUGGAAUCUCCGCACUUUCAUCGGUUAUAUUUAACACGAAUAAAACAACAUUUUGAUUGCGACACAUUUUUCCCACCUAUUCCUAAUGAUUUUAUUUUAACAAGAGAUGAAAACAUUCCUCAAGGUGUUCAAAAAGAAAACGAUAUAGAGUUCGUGUACGAAGUGUACACAAAGGAGAAAAUCCCUUCUUCUUAUUAA